AUGUCUCGUAUAGUGUUUAUUAUUUUGGUUAUCAGUGCGUAUGCUCUUGCCGACGCCAGUGAUAAAGAGACCGCUAGAGAAGAAAAGCUCCGAAGUGCUUUGAUAGACGCUUUUCAAAAUAUUAAAAAAGUUUCAUCCAAAGGCGGAUUGGAUGACGACCUCUCGUCAGAUUUAAUAGGGUCUAUGAUACCACUGCCUAAUACGAGCAAACACGAAAAGUUAACGACAGAAGAUUCCUUCGAUUUAUUCGCAGACGACGACGGUCUCACAUUCGCUGAAGCAUUCGGCAAUGUGGCGACUGAAAAGAGAGCAUCUACUACUGAAAAAUCUCAUAAUGUCCAGCACAUUAUAAAAAGUACUCGAAAAGAAUUAGUAGAAAGAAUGACAUCGAUGCCAAAAAAUGUUUUGGGAAAAUUAAGCGAUACUACAAGAAAUACUAUGAACGAAACUAGAAUACAAAUGAAGAUUUCAAAUGAAUCUCAUUUGAUGGGGCUAGAAAGUAUGUUGAGAAUAGUGGAUGCUGAGAUCCUUGUGGGUCAGUGGAGUGAGCUGCGGCUUGCUGUCAACGGUCAAUGUAGGGACGAUCUACAAGACUACGUAGAAGGCUUGAAGGAUAAAAUUUUAUGGGCUUUGAAAAUGGAAGAUGCAAGCGGGCGCUACACAUCUAUGUUCUACUGGGGCAAUAACUACUGGACGGGAUCGGCUGAGCUCUGCAGCAUCCUCAACGAGCAACACGCGCCGUCGAAACAUAACAAUCGUACUUCCGGAUCACAAAUAUUUAGCGAGUGGCGACAAGAUGUGUCCGUGUCGGGACUAGGCCCGCCAUUCGACACUGCUUUCUACAACGUGCGCAUGAGCGUCUCUACCAAUCUGUCUGAUAUUGUGAAAACUCGACGCACUCUUCAUCUCGGUUUAUGUCUUCCGCGUUCGUGCUCCCGGGAACAAGUGGGCAACUUAGUCAACGCAGUUCACGCGCCGCUACUAACACACAAAGUGGUGACGGUCCGCUCGCCCGACCACGGCGGGUACUAUUACAUUGAGGACCCUACCUUCCAGAUCCUUCUUGCCGUGUCAUGUAUAGUAGCGGUGCUACUGGUGGCCGCUACGGCGUACGAUAUGAAGAUAGCUCGCGACGUGCGCGCGCGCAGGCGACGCGCGGAUAAUAUGGCGUCCAUGGAAAAUGGAUCGACUGAUAUGAAAAUGGGAAUAGAUGGAUUGGACGCCAUUACUGUCUCUAAAGGCAAAUCCAUGUACAACGUGAACAACAACAUAGCAAUCAACAGCAACAACUCUGAGGAGCAGCUGACGGCGGACACUUCCUCCACCGCCGGUGAAGAGCUCAAACUAAGCGUGUGGUCGGAGCUGCUGCUGUCGUUCUCGAUGAAGGCCAACGUGCUGCAGAUCCUGGACCGGUCGGUGGGCGCCGACACCGUGCCGGUGGUGCACGGCCUGCGCACGCUCUCCAUGAUCUGGAUCAUCUUCGGGCACACUUGCAUUGUCGUCUUUAAGUACGCUGACAACACCGCUUUACGCGCGAUCCUCGAGAAAAGCUUCUGGUUCCAACUGAUCAUCAGCGCUGUGUACAGUGUUGAUACUUUCUUCUGCCUCGGCGGCAUGCUGGUGUCGUUCCUGUACUUCCGCACGGCGGCGAAGGGCAAGCUGGAGCGCCUCACGAAGGGCCGGCGCAAGCUCACGGCCGGCGUGCUGCAGUUCCUGGGCCUCAUGGGCUACCGCUUUGCCAGACUGACGGCACCGUACCUGUUCAUGCUGGGCGUGGUGGAGGUGACGAUGAAGUGGUUCCAGCACAACGCGGUGUUCGAGCCGCCCGCCCUCGACCACGAGACCUGCCCCAAGUACUGGUGGCGGAACUUGCUCUACAUCAACACUUUGUUUCCCGUCGAGCAGAUGUGCAUGUUAUGGAGUUGGUACGUGUCAGAUGAUACGCAGUUCUACGCCGUCAGCGCCAUUCUCCUGAUCUUGGCUACAAGCCACUUCAAGUUAUCAGCGGUACUGACGUCCGUGUUGUUCGUGUCGUCGCUGGCGACGACGGGCUACGUGUCGUACAGCAGCGAGCACAUCCCCAGCGGCGAGGAUCCCUUCACGCAGUUCGACAAGAUCUACGACAAGCCCUGGACGCGCCUCGGGCCCUACCUCGUGGGCAUGGCCACCGGCUGGAUACUCUUCAAGACUAACCUCAACAUUAAGAUGACCAGGGCGUGGGCGGCGACGGGGUGGGCCGUGUGCGCGGGCACGCUGCUGUUCCUGGUGUUCGGGCUGUACCGGCUGCGGCUGGGCGUGGCGGCGGCGGCGGCCUACAGCGCGCUGUCGCACUCGCUGUGGGCGGCCUGCGUGGCCUGGGUCAUCGUGGCCUGCUCCACCGGACACGGGGGUGCGUGUCUUGUUGUUUUAUGGAUAACUGGCAAGGGCUGGGUGCGCGCGCUGCUGGCGGCGCCGGCGCUGUACCCGCUGUCGCGCCUCACGUACUGCGCCUACCUCGUGCACCCCGUCGUGCUGCGCUGCGUCGCCAUGCGCCUCACGCACCCCAUACACCUGGGCGAGCUGCUCGUGUUCGUCCUGUUCCUGGGCCUCGCGGUGAUAUCGUACUUCCUCGCGUUCGUCAUCUCCGUGGCGUUCGAGGCGCCAAUGGUGACCAUGCUCAAGCUGGUGUCGCCGCAGCGGAAGCCCCACCGAGUG